UUCUACUUUUCUAACUAAAAUUUUAAUCAAUAUAACUUCUCAAUUCAAAGGGUCAUUUUUAAAACUGAACUUUUUAAACCUGGGCACUAUGACUCAAUAUUUCCAUAUGCUGUAUAACAUAUUAUUACCUGUCUCUCCUCCAGGAUAACUGAUAAGUUUUUUAAUAGAUAUUCACUGAUAUGCCUCUGGCUAAUACAUGCCAUAGUUGUCUACUGUGUGCACCAAGAAUUAAUUUCAUUACUAAGUUGGCCUAAAUUACUGAGUAGAAUUACCCUCUAUUUAUAUUAAUGUCUUCUUAUAUCUAGUCAACUGCUUUUCAAUUAUUUUUUUUUUCACUGUGGCAAAAUAAAUUGGAAUCAAAUGAAAAAUUACUUAGUAAUUCAAUCCUCUAUUUUGUGUAUAAUAUCUAUGUUAAGCCCUGCUAACAUGAAGCUAAAUUAAGCCUUUUUUUGCACUUAAACAGUGAUUAAAGGUACUCUUUAUGUGUUUAACCUGCCAAAAUUAUUAUUUUUUUUUUUUUGGAGGGAGGCUCUCCCACUCACAAAACAUUGCCUCGCCCAUCCUUUCACAUGGGUUAGAUGUUUUAUUCCAUUUUUAAUUCAAUGGUUUAGUUCUAAAUGACAGUCUUCCUGUACAUUUCAAGCAAAAUGUUGAUGUCAGGUUACAUUUACCUGAGAGGUUUUAAAGUUUCUAAGCUCUGAAUUGGGAAAGAUUGGUAUCUUUGCAGGACAUGAAGACAUAGAUAAUUUGAAUUUGGAAAACUUACACAUGCAGUAUUCCUUUUACCAUAGUCAUUGUGAUGGUACAGUAACUUGAUAAGAUUAUUACUGUAUUUGUACCAAUCAUCUGCCAUUUAUUUUUUAUUCAGUAUCAUUUAUUAUUUGUUCAGACCUCUCACAAUGGCACCUCCACUCCAACAAUGACUUCAUAAAAUCUUAAUAUCAUCAUAAAAACAAAUUGACAUAAUUCAACAAAUGAUUCCUCAAGCACCACACAAAAUAAAGUACGUUCAUAUCAUUUAUUAUUUGUUCAGACCUCUCACAAUGGCACCUCCACUCCAACAAUGACUUCACAAAAUUUUAAUAUCAUCAUAAAAACAAAUUGAAAUAAUUCAACAAAUGAUUCCUCAAGCACCACACAAAAUAAAAGUAUGUUCAUAAAGUAUGUUCAUAACUUAAAUCUGUUCUGUACAUAAAAAUACCAAGACUAACCACGUCCUGUACACGCAACUGACCUACUGAUGAUAAAUAUCAACUUAAUCACUGGUUUAUGCAUAACAACAAAUAUAUUAUCUUGUGUGUACAACCAAGCCUUAUGAGUAAACAUCUGUGUUUUUCCCAUACACAGAUAUAGUUUUAACAUUACAUGACAAUAAAGAGGGAAUAAGGUAGGCUCUACAAGAUAACAAAGACACUUUGGCAAGUCCCUAUAUUCAAGAAUUACAAGCCAGUUAGAAAACGGUCCCCCGCCAUGGCAUCAGCAAGUUUCCAUACUCUUUUAUUCCUUACCUUGCCUAUGUUGGUGGCACUUCAAAAGGAUUACACUAAGAAAGUUCUGCUCAUCUCCAUGGAUGGAUUUCGCUGGGAUUACCUGAACAUGGUGGAUACCCCAAACUUUGACAAGAUGGCCAGAGAAGGAGUCAAGGCACCUUAUAUCAAUGUCCCCUUUGUCCCUAAUACCUUUCCUAGUCAUUACAGCAUUGCAACAGGUUUGUAUGAUGAAAGCCAUGGCAUUGUUGGUAACAAGAUGUACGACCCAGAGUUCGGUAAAUAUUUUUACAUGUCAUCUAAAGAGACAAGGUGGUGGAACGAUGGAGAACCCAUCUGGAUCACUGCAAGGAAGAACAAUCUUACAAGUGCCACAUUCUUCUGGCCUGGGAGUGAAGCAGAAGUGCAAGGUCUCAGACCUAACUUUUUCAAGGCUUAUGAUUCCAAAGUUCCUUUUAAGAGUAGGGUUACAACUGUGGUGGACUGGUUGACCUGUAAAAACAUUGACAUGGUGACCUUGUACUUCAAUGAACCAGAUCACACUGGACAUUAUUCUGGAACAAAUUCCACAAAACUCCUGGACAUAAUCAAGGAUAUGGAUAAAUUGCUUGGUUAUAUCAUGGACCAGUUACAAAGCAAUGGACUGACCAACCAGGUUAAUGUCAUACUGACCAGUGACCAUGGCAUGGCGGAGAGAGAUCCUGAUAAGAUCAUCAAUAUUGGCCAAUAUGCUAAUGCCACACUGGUCAGGGAUGUGGUCAAUAUAGGGCCUGUCUGUACAAUACUUCCUCAGGAUGGCAAGACACAGGAGCUGUACAAUGUCCUCAAAGAUGUUCACCCCAACAUGACAGUAUAUCUAAAGCGUGAUAUCCCCGAAUCAUACCACUACAAGAACCACCGCCGCAUCAUGCCAAUACUUGUCAUCAUGGACCUACCAUGGGAGUGUGUUUAUAAUCCAAAGCGUCCUUGGAAUGCUCUAGCAACACAUGGAUGGAGCAAUGAGCUGAUGUCAAUGAAGCCCAUCUUUUUGGCCAGAGGUCCUAACUUCAAGCACAACUACACUGCACAGCCAUUCAACAGUGUCGACAUCUAUCCACUGAUAUGUGAACUACUUGCAGUUCCCCCUGCACCAAAUAAUGGCAGCCUGAGUUCUGUACAGGGUUUCCUGCAGAAUACAACACCAGUGGACCCCAAUGCACCAACAAUGAAGACCUGUCCUACCAGCAAAGCUGCUGGCAUACAAGGGAAUGGAUUGUGGAUUCUAUCUUUAAUACUUGUCAGCAUGGUUAAACAUAAGAAUAAUCCCUGACCAGCAACCAAUUUGAAGUUCUAUUCUACGUGAAAUUUCCAUCAAUUACAAGUAGUUUGAUAGUAGUAAAUGACAAAGUUUUUAACUUUAGACAAAGAUCGUGUUAGCAGAAUAUAAAGAAUAAAAAUCAUUUUAUCUUUCAGUAAAAAAUAAAUAUAGCAGCAUUCUUUAAGGAAAUUAUGAUUCAAUAUUUUCAUGCUAUUGUCAACACAUCUUAAUUUUCAUUUGCUUUUGCAUGCAUGCUACCUGUGAUAACGAAUACUUUGUAACAAAAGCAUUUUCAAUCACCAAUAAACAGAUUUACCUACAAAA